UUCACAACGAGAAAAGUUAGAGGGGCCUAUGCGUCAGUUGGCGACGGGCGAUACCUCCUCGGCGGCGCGGAUCGUGGCCGCCCGAUCUCCAGACUCUGCGGCCGCGCGCCGCCGUGCGUCUCGAAGUAGGCGUCGGGGAACUCGCGCCGCGCGGGCGCGUCCGGAACCGCGCGCCAGUCCGGCCCCGCCACGGCUUUCGACAGCGCCAGGAGGUCCGCCCUCACACCCAAAGCCGCCUCGUGCGGGGGCCGCGGGUGCGGGUGCGUCCACUCGACGGAGCCCGCGCACGAGUGGAGCCGCGGGUGCGGCGCCGUCCUCGGCCGCGCCGUCGCGAGCGCCACGGCCCCGAGGCCCCAGCCGGGCGGCGUCCCGCGCGACCGCGCCGCAGAAGCUCGCGGUGCCAUCGCCUGGUCCCACGACGCCCGCGUCACGGGGCCCCAGCCGGGCGCGAAUCCGCGGUCCCGCGUCGUCCGAGCCGCGCCCGGCCGCGGGCGCGGUUUCUUCGCGAGCGCCGCGGCGAUGGCCCGCGCGUUCCCGUUGUGCGUCAGGAGCCCGCGGCGGAAGCGGUCGCCGUCGCCGGACCGGACGGCGGCGCCGGGCCACAGCGCGGACCGCGGGCCGUCCUUCACCUUACUCGGGCGCCGGCCGGCCGCGGACCGCGGCCGCAGGCUCGGCCGGAGCUCGCCGGCCUUGCCGAGGUUGGUGUGCGUGUAGUAGGUGUCCGUGGGAGCGGUCGACGUGCAGUAGAGGGCCGUGUUCAUCCUCUAAGUGUGUUCAGGGCUGCCCCACUGCCGACGAGGCUACGCCGCGCGGAGCGCCAACCAAGGUACCUUAC